AGUAGUAAAACCCCCAGAUUUUUUAGCACCAAUUACUAAAAUAAAAUGAACCCGUAUUACAAAACUCCCACUACUCUCGAGUCUCGAGUCUUCCUUCAUUCUUCCGAGUCCCCACCUCAUAUAUUUUUCACAGAACCAAAAAAAAAAAAAAAAAAAAAAAACAACAACCUCUGCUUCCUCCAGCCGCCGGAGUCUAAAACUGCAAAAGCCCUCUGCGCCACCACCUUCUGCCCUUCUGCUGCUCUCGGAACCUCACCAUAUCUGUCUUUGUGACUAGGUCUCUCUAUCGUAGCUGCUCUCGAUCUGUUUUUUUUGGUUUAAAAUUAUUUAUAAUCUUCAUUCCUUUAGUUGAUAAUAUUAUUGUGGGUAGUAAGUAGUACCAAUUCAUUUAACUAAGAUAUGUUAGUUAUUAAUUGUUAGUGGUAAAGUAUUUGUUGGUAGUAACCUGUCUUAAAUUUUGAUUUUUUUUUUUGGAUCUGCGCUGCUACAAUCUAACACCACCAUCAAAGUCUAGAAAACAAUCACUCUUCUCGAUCCAUCCAUGGAAGACUUACCAGUACAUGUGAUGGUCGAUAUUCUCUCAAGACUUCCUGUGAAGACAAUCAUCCACUGCAAGUGUGUAUGCAAAAAGUGGCUUCAUCUCGUUUCAGACUCUUACUUUGCUGAUAUUCAACUCUCGAGAUCACCCGUAGGCCUCAUGAUCUACCAUUACUCCGAAAAAGAAUUGAUGGGUCGCCCGAAACUGCGUGUUUUGAAGUGGGUGGAGGUCAAAGACGACGUCAAUCACCACCAUUUACACCACGACCCUCUCAUGAGCCUCGACCUUAACCUUGCACCCAUUUUCCAAGACUCUCAAAUACUCCUAAUGGGCUCAGUCAACGGCUUGAUCUGCUUGUGGCAGGUUUGUGUUAAAAGUGAUAACAUUUACAUAUGCAAUCCAAUCACAAGAGAGUAUAUGAUCCUCCCUAGACAACAAUACCAUGGAAAAGGUUAUGCUAUAAAUGUUCAUUGUUUUGGUGUCAGUUUACUCUCACAUGAAUACAAAGUCAUACGGAUCUUCCAACGGGUAUUAAUAUUACCUCGAAAUAUAACCUCAUCAUCAUCGUCAUCAUCUCAGCCGAGUUUAUUGGAAGCUGAGGUUUACACUCUAGGCACUGGUCAAUGGAGAAGCCUUGGUCAUGUCGUGUAUAAGAUUAAUGGAUUCCAUGGACCAUAUCUAAAUGGCCAUGCUCAUUGGUCGAUUGUUGUUGAUCAGGAUUCCCUUGAAGAGAUUUAUGCUUUUGAUUUUGACAAGGAGACAUUUAAGUUGUUCCCAUCUCCUCCUGUUGAAACUAUACAAGGAAGUCGAUUCCAUUUCCGAACUUUAGCAGUUGUUAAAGGUUGUUUAUGUCAAAGUGAUACCUUUGAUUCUCAAUUCACGAUGUGGGUGAUGAAGGAAUAUGGGGUCAAGAAAUCUUGGGAAAAAGAAGUGAUUAUCAAGAAAAGUAUUAGCCCCAGUAUUGAUUGGUUGAUGUCGGGACCUAUCUAUCCUAUUGAGCGUUUAAAUGAUGGAACAAUUUUGAUGGUCUAUUAUCAAGACAAAUUGUUGAUAUAUUCUCCGAAGGGAAGAACAAUUGCAAAUUCCGAACUUUUUGACAACUGUGUAUCUGGAAUGCCUUAUUGUCCCAGCUUUCAUAAGCUCCAGAACUUUGAAUCGGAGAGAGUUUAUGUGUUUUAAAGGUUAGUAACAGGAACACAAACUACCAUUUUGUUAUCAAACAACCUAUUUGUGUUCAAACCAUUACCAUAACAUGUAAAUGUAAGUAUCUACGAUUAACACCCACUACUUCAAUGGAUGAUUGUUCUUACUUA